AAAAUAAAUAUUGAAUCUCAUCAGUCGACGUAACGAGUCAAGAUAAGAGCAUGAAUUUGACUACCUAAAGAACAACAGAUGACUUUUUAUUCAGUGUGAAUGAGCGCGUCGAAAACAUCUUAUUUCACACAGAAAGUACAAAAAAGAAUUUUUCAGAAAUCUCUUAAAUAUACUCGAAACUAAGUAAAGUCUACCAAAAAUGACUGCGAUAACAGUUUAUAGGCAAUUUUUAGCUGCAUUGUCAGCAAAUUUAAUUGGGUUUUCCUUUGGAUGGAUGUCUGCCUGGGCGAAUGCAAAUUAUGACGAUUUAAAAUCGAAUUCAACGACAAAAACACAAUUACAAGAUGGUCCAAUUACCUUAAAUCAAGCAUCUCUUGUUAUGUCACUAAUAUGUGCAGGCGGAUUAGUGGGAAAUAUUGUGUAUUUGUUUGUACUGAACAAAUUUGGAAGAAAAAAUCCAAUUUUAUUCCUAGCAGUUCCGGCAAUUUUUAGCUGGUUAUUCAUUAUCUUUGCUGAGAACGUAUAUUGGUUGUAUGCUUCUCGUAUAUUAUGCGGCUUUGUUGGGGGCGCUUUGUUCAUUUCCGUUCCGGUUUUUGUGUCGGAAAUCUGUCAGGACGAGGUACGUGGAACUGUAAAUGCCUUGGGAUUUGUAGUCAAUGCUGUAGGUUCUUUAGUUGGUUUCAUCGUUGCAAUUUUCUUCGAUUUUCGUGUACAAGCAGUCUGCGCUCUUAUAGUUCCCUUCCUCUUUGUUUUUGUUUUUUAUUUUGUUCCAGAUUCUCCAAUGUCCUUGUACAAUAAAAAUAAAAUAGAGUUGGCCGAUCUGGCAUUGGAAUUCUAUAAAGGUGCAAAUAAUAAUAAUAUGUCGCCCGAAUCAGAAAAAAUCAUGGUCGAAGAAAAGAAAUGUGAAAAAAAUGAUGAUAGUGGCAUAAGUAUCAAAGAUUUUGUCACGACACGAGCGGCACGCAGAGCUGUUUCAAUCGCAAUAUUGUUAGUACUGCUGCCACAAAUUAGUGGAUGUUAUAUAUUGCUUUCCUACACGACUUCCUACUUUAUUGAAGCCGAAUCCAGACUUUCGCCCAUCGAAUCAUCGAUUUUAGUUUGUAUUGUUCAGUUGGUUGCUAAUUUGUUCACAAUGUUUUUAGUUGAUAAGAUUGGACGUAAAAUUCUAUUCACAUUGUCGUCGAUGGGUACUGGCCUUGGAUUGUUUGUUUUGGCAAUGCACAAUAUGUAUAAACAUCUUUCAAGCAACUUUGUUCCAAUUUAUGGUUUAUCAUUGACGAUAUUCAUUGCUUCGAUUGGAUUAAUUCCGAUUCCCUUCGUAAUCACUGUUGAUGUUCUUCCGCCGAAAAUUCGAAAUAUAACAAUGACGAUGACUUCGAUAACAAUGUGGUGCGUUGGAUUUUUUAUGAAUUUUGCGUACAUAAGCAUGCUACAAGUGAUCGAAUUACACGGAUGUUUGUUAGUGUUCAGUGCGGGAUGCUUUAUUUGUGCAAUGUAUGGAUUAAUCUUUAUACCAGAAACGAAAGGCAAAUCUCCGGAUUGUAUCGUAAAAUUAUUAGAAAAAUCAUGAUCGUCUCGCCACAAAGUUAUCAAACCGUAAAUAGCUACAGAUUAGAGAGAUAACUUAGGAACAUAGUGGCCAAACCAAAUUUGAACGUGAAAAAAUGCUGGCUCAUUUUCAAAAAUGUGUUUUUGCAUUCCUUAUCAUGAUUAAGCUAAUAUUAAUACUUUUUAUCAAAUGCUUGCUUUUAUCUGCUGAUGGCUGGAGUAGAGAACAAAAUUCGUAUUCGUAUUUUUCGAAUAAGUUGUGAUGACGAUAAAGAAAACAAUGAUAGAAAUGAUAUGAAAUCUCUUAAAAAGUGUGCCACUUAUUUUCGGCUCCCGAUAUUAUGUAAAGUAAC